UAACGAACACGAGGGUGUAGUGCACAAUGUCGACGGCUUCAAUCAACGGGUGGUGCAUUUCAUCUAUCUCUCCUGCUUCCCAAUCUUCUCUUAUCAAGAAAGCUACAUUACGUCCAUCUGUCUUUGCUAGGCUUAACUCUUCUCCCUCUCCUCCCUCCCUCAUCCAAAACAAGCCUGUUUUCGCUGCCCCUGCUCCCAUCAUCACCCCUACUUGGAGAGAAGACAUGGGGAAGGACUCGUACGAGGAAGCUAUUGAUGGUCUCAAGAAACUUCUCAGUGAGAAAGGAGAGCUGAAAGCUGCUGCAGCUGCAAAAGUGGAGCAGAUAACAGCAGAGUUACAAACACCAAAUUCUAAUGGCGCGUUUAACCCAGUUGAGAGGAUCAAAACUGGUUUCGUUCACUUCAAAAAAGAGAAAUAUGAUAAGAACCCUGCUUUGUAUGGUGAACUGGCCAAAGGCCAAAGCCCCAAGUUUAUGGUGUUUGCAUGCUCGGACUCCCGGGUUUGUCCAUCACAUGUGCUUGAUUUCCAACCAGGAGAGGCUUUUAUGGUCCGAAAUGUUGCUAACUUGGUUCCACCAUAUGAUAAGACUAAAUAUGCUGGAGUUGGUGCUGCAGUUGAAUACGCAGUUUUGCAUCUCAAGGUGGAAUACAUUGUGGUGAUUGGACACAGUGCAUGUGGUGGAAUUAAGGGGCUUCUUUCCUUUCCCUUCGAUGGAACCAGCACUACUGACUUUAUUGAAGACUGGGUCAAAAUUGCUUUGCCUGCCAAGAACAAGGUGAAAUCAGAAUUCGCUGGUGCUUCUGUCCCAGAACUAUGUGGACAUUGUGAAAAGGAGGCGGUGAAUGUGUCACUUGGAAACCUGCUGUCCUAUCCAUUUGUAAGAGAAGGCUUGGUGAACAAGACCCUAGGAUUGAAGGGUGGUUAUUAUGACUUUGUUAAAGGAACCUUUGAGCUUUGGGGGCUUGAGUUUGGACUGAAUCCUUCUUUCUCCGUAAAAGACGUGGCCACGAUUCUGCAUUGGAAGCUCUAGGACACGCUUAGAGGCCAUUCAUUCCUGCAAAGAUGAGGCUCUUCUUCAUAUGUAUAUGAUAAAUUGAGCUGGUUUAUGUAGACUAAGCCUCUUUUAUUUAGUCUCCUGAGACUGAAUUUCAUUGUUCAUCUCAACUUCCUUGACAUAUACCCAACUUCUUUAA